UGUGAGCCUUGUUGGGAUUCACACACUAUGCAUGUUCUCCGUGGCCUGGGGCGUGCUGCCCUUUACAAGCCACAGCUGUGACAGACUCUGCUCUCUCCUCCUCUUGCAUGGGUUUGGUGAGUGCGGAGGGGAGUGCAGGAACGAGGGAGGUUUAGGUCCCCCUGCCAAGUCUGCUUCAGUACUGUAGCCAAGCCACUGCUGGGCAGUCACCUUGUGUGUUUGGCAACCCCUCUGCAGCAGAGCAUCUGGAGGACAGAAGCCUUGGUCUAUGCAGGAGCACCUUCAAUAGUAGGUUACUCUGUAGAACACAAGCCUUGUUCAAGGAUGGAAUUAAUGACUGGGUUGGACAGCUUAAUUGAAUUGCAGUGAGCAGCAGUUUCUGACUGAGACAGACUCUUUUAGGAUCUGAUUUUUUUUUAACCUUUUGUUGAAGAAAAAUGCCUUCCUUGAGAGGGAAAGUGCAGACUGUCUUGGGCCCUGUGGAGCCAAACUGCCUGGGCUAUACACUGACUCAUGAGCACUUGACUAUGAACUACAGCAGCUGUUUUUGUCCACCUUCUCCAGGCCAAGAGCCUUUGUCUGAUGGGCCCAUUGAGAUGAAGAACUUGUUUUGGAUUAAGCAAAAUCCCUACAGCCAUAAAGAAAACCUUCUUUUGUAUCAGGAAACAGAUGCUGUGAAGGAGGAGCUGUUGCAUUUCAAAGCAGCAGGUGGUGGGACUAUAGUGGAAAACACAACUACAGGAAUUGGUCGGGAUAUGAAUACUUUGAAGAAACUUGCUGAAGAAACUGGAGUUCAUAUUAUUGCUGGUGCUGGGUUUUAUGUAGAUUCCACUCAUUCUUCUCAAACACAGGCCAUGACAGUGGAGCAGCUGACAAACAUUAUUGUUGAUGAGAUGCUCAAAGGAGCGGAUGGGACUAACAUCAAGUGUGGUGUGGUGGGAGAAAUAGGUUGCUCCUGGCCUUUGACUGAGAGUGAACACCGUGUGCUCCAGGCAACAGCACAUGCUCAGUCCCAGCUUGGAUGCCCUGUUAUCAUCCAUCCUGGCAGGAGCAGUGACUCGCCUUUCCAGAUUGUCCGCAUUCUGCAGGAAGCUGGGGCUGAUGCUUCAAAGACGGUCAUGUCUCACCUGGACAGGACCAUAUUUGAUACAAAGAAACUUCUGGAAUUUGCUAAACUUGGAUGCUACUUAGAGUAUGACCUAUUUGGUACAGAAUUUCUUCACUACCAGUUCCAUCCUGAUAUUGACAUGCCGAGCGACAAUGAAAGAAUUGCAAGGAUUCGUACACUGAUUGAUGAAGGCUAUGAAGACAGAAUUCUGAUGGCUCAUGAUGUGCACACCAAGAACAGGUUGAUGAAAUAUGGAGGUCAUGGAUAUUCACAUAUCUUUGAAAAUAUAGUUCCUAAAAUGCUAAUUAGAGGCAUAUCCCAAGAUAAAAUUGAUAAAAUACUCCGAGCAAAUCCAAAGCGGUGGUUGACUUUUAAGUAGGAAUAAUGAAUAAUUAUUCCUGUUCUGUAGAGAAGCUUGAUAAAAUUCAAAUUUCUUUCCAGAGAGCAGUCAUUUUAAAAUUUGGUUCUUUUCAGAGAAACUGAAAAUUAUUAAGGAGAUGCAAACAAACUGAUUAUAAAUUUUCUUUUUAAUUAGAACAUCAAAAUUGAGUACCGUCUCUGCAUCUUCUCCCUUCUGGAAAUUUGUUCAUGAGUGAUUUACUGAAUAGGAGCCUACCCCAAAAUCUUUUUCAUAGAAAUUUUAAAAUAAUUGUUUCAAGAGCGUAAUCUAAUACUAUUACUGAAUGUUACCCCAAACUACUUUUGAAGAUGCACCACCUGGACUUUGAAAGAAAUUAUGGUUUUCAGUUAAGUUUCCUGUCUCUGGGGGCUGAUUUUAAUCUUUGUAACACUGACAAUCUUCUCAUUAUCCUUGUAUUCUUUGAGUAAUGCUUGAUGAAAGGUCUGUAACUUUUAAAUAGCUUCUGUAGACAACACAAGGCAAAAGAAAUCUCAAAUAAAUCUAAAAAGGUAAUUUUUUUUUAUAGUUUAACAAUUUACUUAAUUUUAACUGAAAGUGUAAAAAAUACAUGGAAAAAUAUAUUUUUGAAUAAAGCAAUUUGAUGAUCUCUUAAACUA